GGGGUUUUUAGUACUGAUUGGGGUGUGACUUACAGUCCUUCACACAUCUGUGCACUAAAGGACUCAUUAGUGAUAAUGAGCUGCACUUAUACAUACCCUACUGGACAUCAGAUCACGAAAGGGUUCUGGACCAAACAACUUGUUAAAUAUGAAGAUACAAGUGAAGUUGAUGAUGAAGAUAAAGAUUCAAAGUUUCCAGAUCUGUCUAAGGACCCUAAAUACAGUCAGAGGCUUCAGUAUCUGGUAGAUAAACAGCAGAACUGCACCAUCAGACUGAGUCAUGUGACACAGAAGGAUGAACACAUGUACUAUUUCAGAUUCAUCACUGAUAAAGAUAAAUGGCUUGGUGUUCCAGGAGUGAGUCUUACUGUAACAGAUCUUCAGGUGGAGUCUCCUGAGAGAGUGACAGAGGGAGAUUCAGUGCGUCUGACAUGUAAAAGCAGCUGCGCUCUGACUGACAGAGCAACAUUCAUCUGGUACAGAAACUCACAGCCAUUAACUGAGAGAAGAGACAGAAACAAUCAACUCCUGCUGCAGUCAGUCAGAAGAGAGGAUGCAGGCAGAUACAGCUGUGCUCUACACGGACACACUUACAUCUCUCCUGCUGUUUAUCUCAAUGUCACGUACCCACCUAAGAGCGUCUCAGUGUCCAUCAGUCCAUCUGGUGAAAUAGUGGAGGGAGAUUCAGUGACUCUGAGCUGCAGCAGUGAUUCAAACCCACCUGCAGAAAUCAGCUGGUUUAAAGGAGGAAUGUUUGUAGGAUCUGGAAGAAUCUACAGCAUCUCAAAGAUCAGCUCUGAUCACAGUGGAGAAUACAAGUGCAAGUCCAGAAACAAACUUGGAGAGAAAUACUCUGAUGCUGUGACUUUAAACGUCAUGUAUCCUCCAAAGAGCGUCUCAGUGUCCAUCAGUCCAUCUGGUGAAAUAGUGGAGGGAGAUUCAGUGACUCUGAACUGCAGCAGUAAUUCAAACCCACCUGUAGAAAACAGCUGGUUUAAAGGAGGAAUGUUUGUAGGAUCUGGAAGAAUCUACAGCAUCUCAAAUAUUAGCUCUGAUCACAGUGAAGAAUACAAGUGCAAGUCCAGAAAUAAACAUGGAGAGAGAUACUCUGAUGCUGUGACUUUAAACAUCAUGUACUCUCCAAAGAAUGUCUCAGUGUCCAUCAGUCCAUCUGGUGAAAAAGAAGAUUCAGUGACUCUGAUCUGCAGCAGUGAUUCAAACCCACCUGCAGAAAACAUCUGGUUUAAUGAGAAUCAAAGCUCAGCUGUUGGAUCUGGACAGAGUUUCAGUGCACUACAGAGUGGACGCUUCUACUGUGAGGCUUACAAUCAACACGGAUCUCAGAGAUCAGACGCUGUUACUGUCACUGUUAAAGGAGGAGAUAAAACAGUCCUGUACGCAGCUGUUGCGAUCGCAGCCGGAUGUGGACUUUUAUUUCUUAUCUGCAUCAUCAUGUUCAUAAGGAAGACAAAAAGUGGAGUUGCAGACGUCAGACAGAAGCAGGUUCAACAGCCUUCCAGCUCUGAGAGGAACCACUGUGAUGAUGGUCUGUAUGCCAGAGUUUCACCCAAGAGACCCAGCGCAGAUCAGACCGCGGGAAAAGCCAAAAAGAUAGUGUACGCAACCUUCCAACACAUCCGAAACAAUGAGAGCAACGAGAAUCUGAGAGUGCACCAUCCUGAUCCUGCUGCGAGAUUCGAUGCGAUGGUGGGUAAAUCAGUGAUUUACAGCAGAAUCAAGUGAUCCAGGACUCGUCACAUGGAUUAAAAUUGAAGCUGAACUCAAUCAGCUGAGUGUAAAUAUACUGCAGCUUUGAAUCAGAUGUUUAUAAUAGUGAUUUAAAUGUGUGUCAAGACACAUGACAUUUCUCCCUGGCAGUAGUUGAAUAGGAAGUACGUACCAAUACCACAAACUAAGAAUGUCCAUGGUGGUUAUUUACAUCAUUGUACCUAGAUAUUUUUAAGACCGUGGUUUGUGAUUGGUGCGUCUGUGUGGGGAAGUUACAACCUCAACUAGCUGCAUUUAAACGCCUGUCGAAACUCUUUCUGUUAAUAGCAUGUUUUGUAAUGUUUCCAAAGAUUUGUGUAAUUUUCCAUGAAUUGCAGUCUCGGUGUUACGUGUCUUAGUCACUCUUCA